AUGAUUUUCGAGAAAGUGGCAUCAUCGAAACCACUCUCACCCCCUGAACUCUACUACUUCGAUCCGGGAGCCGCGGACCAGGACAGCUGCACCUCUGCAGCUUGCGACUCCGAGGAUGUGUCGCUGCCCACACUACUUGAUGCUUCGGAUGCCAUGUCAGUUUCUUCUGAGGCCUCACUACGUUCGGAUGGCUUCGAUAUUCCUGCGGUACCAUACAUCCCGGUGCACUUGUACGACUCCGAUGAUCAUGUAAACAAGUUUGCUUUUGACUGCUUGCCUCGCGGCUUCGUUUCCUUUAAUCAGCUUCGUGAGCGAGUGAUGAUUUGCGCCUUCCACAUCAGGGAUGCUUGGCGCCUCGGUCAGGAUCAUCUACUCCCUCUGCGGGAAGCCGGCUUUUCAGUGGCCACGCGCGAACAUGACACCGACCCGUACAUGCGACCACCGGGGACGCUGCUUGUGAAAAAAAAAAGUGGCAUCAACGCAGCCUUUCAUUCCUUUGAUCUCCUGCGUUUGCACGACGUCGACUUCUUCAUUACCUUGUGCCGCUUCAUUUGCAAUGCUGUGGACGAGAAAGGAGUAGUUGCGGUGUUCCUCAGGAGCGGAGAACAACUUCGAGGGAAGCUCAGCCCGGAUAUUGGGCGAGACUGCGCGUGGGUAGGGCGGUGCCUCGACUUGGAAAAAGCUUAUCAGCAGGUACCUUUGGCUUCACAAAGCCUUAAGCUGGCGGUACUCCUCGUUCGCGAGCCGCUCACGAAUGCUUUUCGCUUCUUCGUCAGUAACUCCCUGCCGUUCGGAGCGUGCGCAGCUGUGUACAGCUUUAACCGAAUAAGUCGUAGCUUACUUCACCUUGCAACCACUCUUUGUGGUGUAAUAGGCGGCGUAUUUUAUGAUGAUUUUCCUUUAACAGAACCUGCACUGACCGCCAGGCUAUGCACUGUUUCGAUUGAAGCGCUGCUUGACAGUCUCGGGUGGCGAUACAGUCGAGACAGCGAAAAGGACAAGCCGUUCGCUAGCCAGUUCAACUUGUUGGGAGUCCAGCUCUCUCUUGACUCUCUUCAUCUUGGCAGCAUCGCUCUGGAAAACAAGCCAUCAAGAGUUGCAAAGCUUCUGCUAGUCGCGCAGCAGAUGUGUGCAAGUGGCGAACUCUCGCGAGCGGAGGCCAUGUCUUUGCAGGGACAGCUCAACUUCAUGGUGGGCUUUGCGUCAGGUAGGUCACUCAAGCUUGUGUGCCGAGCACUUUCGAACCUCGUCUACUCCAACCGAGCCUGGACGCGAGACGAGGUCAAGCAACUGGGAGGUUACCUUAAGUGUUGUCUCGAGGCUCUUACGCCAAAGUCGAUGUGCUUGAAAGGAGGCUCACGGCCCCUUGUGAUUUUCAAUGACGCCGCCUAUGAGCAAGGGCUGUGGCACCAGGAUACAGAGGAUCAGAUUAUCGCUCAGGCCGAAGCGUUUGCAAUGGUGAUUGCAAGGGAUUAUGCAGCAACCUUCGCAAAGGGCCGUAGGACUUUCUUCUUCGUUGACAACGAAUCCGCGCGAUGUUGCAUGAUCCGCGGUAGCAGUCCCGUGAGAGCGCUGCUGGCGCUGGCUCACGCGUUUUAUGCAAGCGAGUGCAGAGACCAACUUGUCACUUGGAUAGAGCGCGUGCCAUCGGCCUCUAACGUCGCGGACCUCCCCAGUCGUGGCGAGUGUGCAGCUGCAGCCAAGAUGGUAGGAGGGCGUGUCAUCAACAACAUUGACAGCAUUGUGAAAAUUGCUGCUCAGCGGUGCUCGGAUGUCAGCGCUCUGCCUUGGAGCCUCCUGGCGUGCCACUUCAAGGGCCCUGUUCCCGCCUUUCACUUCUCGUGA